AAUGAAAAAAUUUUACAACCAACAUUAACAAGUACAAAAAGUGAAGGUGGUCAAAUAUUCAUUUACAAUUUAGAUAGCUUUAAUGUUACUCAAAUCUCUGCACAGUUCCACAGUACCGAAGUUAAAACUGAUAUUUUUUAUUGUCAAAAUAUAAAAAUAUUAAACUCAACAUCAAUUACAUGUAUUGUUCCAAAAGGAUUUGGUGUCUACCUUGUUGUAAUAAAAGAUAACCAGCAUAUCGCAUUCCCAAUUUAUUGGUCAUACGAACUUGGGGACAAAGAAAAGAAAUCUAUAAAGGAAAAA